ACUGAUGGGGAAACUGAGGCACAAGCAUGGAGAUGUUUCCAGCUCCUCAUGUUCUCCUGUCAGACCCAGGGGGAGAAUCAACCGUCUCCUAAUUUUAACCAGUACGUGAGGGACCAGGGUGCCAUGACCGACCAGCUGAGCCGACGGCAGAUCAGGGAGUACCAGCUCUACAGCCGGACCAGCGGCAAGCACGUCCAGGUGAACGGCAAAAGGAUCACCGCCACUGCCGAGGAUGGCAACAAGUUCGCCAAGCUCAUCGUGGAGACGGACACCUUCGGGAGCCGCGUCCGCAUCAAGGGGGCCGAGAGCGAGAAGUACAUCUGCAUGAGCAAGCGGGGCAAGCUCAUCGGGAAACCCAACGGCAAGAGCAAGGACUGCAUCUUCACGGAGAUCGUGCUGGAGAACAACUACACGGCUUUCCAAAACGCCCGCUACGAGGGCUGGUACAUGGCCUUCACCCGCAAGGGCCGGCCCCGCAAAGCCUCCCGCAGCCGCCAGAACCAGCGGGAAGCCCACUUCAUCAAGCGCCUGUACCGCGGCCAGCUGCCCUUCCCCAACAACGCCGAGCGGCAGAAGCAGUUCGAGUUCGUCGGCUCGUCCUCCCCCACCCGCCGGACCCGCCGGACCCGCGCCCCUCGCCCACGCACGUAA